AUGACAAAAAACCCAUUGUAGAUAUUAAAAAUCAAUACCAAAGUGUUCAAACCACAAACUCAAGUAGUGCUGCUGUACAACAACCAAAUGUCAAUGUGUCGACCACAGACACAGCAGCAGCCGCCUCCACCUCAUCCGUUGUUGUGCCUCCGAGUAGUCGACCUUUAUUGGGUGUUAAUGGAACCGGUCAACGUAAGGAUAUGACAGAUAAAAUAGCCUCAACAACAGCGGCAACAACACUUCAAACGGAUAUUACAAAAAGUGCCGAUGGACAAGCAGCAUCAUCAUCUGACGAAGCCAAAAAGAAUGCAAAUCCAUUACCUAAAAAGGUGUUGUCAGCUACCAAAGUAGCCGCAACUGGUGUCGCAGCCACUGUUGCCGGAACAAUUGCUGCAGCAACUGGUGCCGUAACUGGAUCAACAAAUAGUACAGAAGAAAGUGAUUUGGAAAAACUAAUUGACUCCAUCGAUAUUCCGGAAGAAGACACUAUGGAAACAUUGAAGAAGACAAAUCGUACUUUGAAUACAACUUCGGAUCAUCAUCAAUAUUACAAUAGCACAACAUAUACCGACAAAGAUAAGGCCGAUAAAUAUUGGAAUGAAAUUAAAAAUAUCACACCCAAUUUGAUGUUAUCACAAUCUCAUCGCCGCGCUAUGACUGUAUUAUUGAGUUUUGAUUUCCCCUUCUAUGGUCAUCCCGUGAGAAAUGUUACCGUUGCCACUGGUGGUUUCAUCUAUACCGGCGAUUAUGUACAUUCAUGGUUGGCUGCUACACAAUAUAUUGCACCAUUGAUGGCAAAUUUCGAUACAAGUCUUUCGGAAGAUUCAUUUGUUCGUAUAAACGACACAGGUUUUUCGUUUACUGUCAUCUGGGAAAAUGUUUCUCUUCAGGACAAACAAGAUGUUGGUAAAUUCACGUUCAGUGCUACGCUACACAAAAACGGUGAUAUUGUCUUCACUUACUUCAAAGUGCCAAUUUUCAUUAAUGCCAUACAAGAUGACAAACAUCCUGUAAAGGUUGGACUCUCAGAUGCUUAUAUUAUGGAUCAAGAUGUUGGCAAUGCUCGUAGAAAGACAAUUUAUGAAUAUCACCGUGUUAGCUUUGGUAAUACCCAGAUUACAAAUGCCACCAUUAUUUAUUUCACCGCCUUGCCAACAUGUUUGCAAUAUACCGAUUGUGCAUCUUGUUUGAAUCACAACACCGAUUUCACCUGCUUCUGGUGUCCUACCGCCAACAGAUGCUCAACUGGUACCGAUCGUAAGAGACAAGAAUGGAAAACACAUUCCUGUGAACGUUUCCAAAUUAUUACGGCAUCUACUUGCCCCGCUGCUGGUAGCAACACUACUAAUACAGAUGACUCGUCAACAACAACAGCUCCCGUGGAUAGUGGCAAUACGGAAUAUCAAUACAAUGGUACACAAAUGAAACCCUUGGCUGGAACACAAAUGAAAUCCAUGGCCGAAGAAGCAGAGCCCUCACAAAAAAUGAGCCUAACAUUGGGUCUAUUUAUACCAAUUUGCCUGGUGUCUUGUAUUGUAUUGUGGGUGUUGUAUGCCUAUCGGAAUCCACAUACGAAAAGUGGACAAUUACUUAUACAGUCCAAAUAUCGUCAGUAUCGUCCAAGCCAAUGGUCAUGGAGACGUGGAGAAGCUCGUUACACAGCUGCAACGAUACACAUGUAGACAAUUAAACAAUUUUAAUUUUAGAC